CUCACUCAAAUCUGGGGUUUCAAUUACAGAAACACACACACACACUCUCUCUCUCUCUCUCUCAAAUGGCGACGAUCGAACUUGCAAAUCUGGGGUUCCAAUUGACGCCAUUGCCAACAAUCUCGCCGUUUAAGUCCAGAACUUGUCGUAGCCGUCUUCAGUUUCGCAAUGGUUUGGGGCCCUCUGUCAACCGCAGAGCCGCCUCUAUUCGACCGCCUUCGUGUUCUCUCGUCGACGAGCAACAGAAGCAAGGAACAGAAGUGGUUUCGUUGUUUAAUGAACAAGAAAAUUCACUUAUUGAAGCGCUUAUCGGCAUUCAAGGCCGAGGCCGCUCUGCUUCUCCCCAACAACUCCAGGAGGUUGAACGGGCAGUGCAAAUUUUAGAAGGUUCAGAGGGUGUACCUGAUCCGACAAGCUCUAGCUUGAUUGAAGGUCGCUGGCAAUUAAUGUUCACAACAAGACCUGGGACUGCAUCUCCUAUUCAGAGAACAUUUGUCGGGGUUGACAUCUUCAGUGUAUUUCAAGAGGUACACCUGCGAACAAACGACCCGCGUGUGUCCAACAUUGUCAGAUUCUCUGAUGCCAUAGGUGAGCUGAAAGUGGAGGCUGCAGCAUCAAUUAAGGAUGGAAAACGAAUACUUUUUCAGUUUGAUAGAGCAGCCUUUUCUUUAAAGUUUCUUCCAUUUAAGGUUCCAUAUCCAGUACCAUUUAGGCUUCUUGGAGAUGAGGCAAAGGGUUGGUUAGACACUACAUAUUUGUCCCGUUCUGGAAACCUUCGUAUCUCAAGAGGAAAUAAGGGCACCACAUUUGUGCUGCAGAAGAUUAAUGAACCAAGACAAAUAUUGCUGGAAGCCAUUUCUAAAGAUAAAGGAGUGAGAGAAGCAAUUGACGAGUUUAUCUCCUUGAAUAAGAAUGCCGCUACAGGUGAACCAGAACUCUUAGAGGGAGAAUGGAAAAUGAUAUGGAGUUCACAGGUGGAGACAGAUAGCUGGUUAGAAAAUGCUGCAAAUGGUCUUAUGGGCAUGCAGAUAGUCAAGCCGAAUGGAAAAUUGAAGUUUCUGGUCGACAUGGUUCUUGGGGUUAAAUUUUCCAUGGAUGGCACAUUUGUGAAAUCUGGCGCCAAUACAUAUGAUGUUAAUAUGGAUGAUGGAGCCAUUCUGGCAGGCCAAUUUGGACUUCCAGUAGAACUGGGAAGCAAGUUCAAGCUGGAGUUGCUUUAUACUGAUGGGAAGAUCAGAAUUACCCGAGGGUACAACAGAAUUUUAUUCGUCCACAUUCGCACGGACGGGUCUGAGCAAAAAUGAAUUAUCGCACCACCCACCGGAAGGAAACAUGUAGUGUAGAGUUUUUCACGUAUAUAUGUUGCUUCUGAUACAUGAGAAAUAUCUGAAAUUUGACUGGACUCUGCUCAUGUUAUUUGUGGAAGAUACGAUAGAAUGAAUGAGAUUUUGGAGAUUACAAA